GCACUAAACUACUUCGUUACUUUUGAGUAGACACUUCACUAAUGCCAAGAGGUUUAGUAGAAUGUUUGGUUAAAAUAACUGAGAUAUGUCUAAACGCCCAGUGCGCUCACAUACGAUUUCUAAAUCAUGCAAGAUACAACCUAAUACUCAGGUUACACUUGAACGGGUAAUAGGUUUUACGUUGAACAAUAACUGCGCAGUUGCAUUCUCUGAUAAAACUGGUCUUAUUGCUCAUGCUGCUGGGUGUGUGACAGUUCUUCAUUCAUUUGAAAAUGAACGACAACAAUUUAUACAAAGUCAAAGUCGUAAAGCCAUUACAGCAGUGGAUUUUAGUUCAGAUGGAAAAUAUUUAGCCACAGGAGAAUCAGGUCAUCAACCAAUGGUUCGACUAUGGAGUGUGUCAGAUCAUUGUCAGUUAGCUGAAUUCGGUGGUCAUCAUUUUCGUGUCGUAGCUGUACGUUUCAGCCCGAACGAUCAAUACUUAGUUAGCGUUGGUAGUCAAGAAGAUCAUACUCUGUAUGUAUGGGAUAGACAGAGUGGACAACGAGUAGCCAGUGCAAAAGUUACAAGUCGGAUCUAUGGAAUUGCUUUCAGUCCAAUGGGACAAUUUUUUGUCACAGUUGGUGUACGUUAUGUUCGUUUUUGGUAUUUAGAAAAUAAGCGCAGUAAAAUUCGUGAAACUCUACCACUUCAUGGAAGAAAUGCUAUUUUAGGCGAUAUGUUCAACAGUGUAUUUACUGAUGUAUGCUGUGUUAAUUCGUCUUCGUCGUUGUCUUCUUCUUCGCCUACUUUGUCUUCCUCUAAUCCCGGUUCUACUCAAAUUCAUUCUGCUAAAUUGAAAUCUACAGCAGGAGGCGAAGGAAAAGAUCGUGAAGAUGUAACAAAUAAUAACAGUGGUAAAAUUGCAUCAGCAUCAUCAUCACCGUCUCCGGGUAUCGGAUCUACAACAACAUCAACCACAACAUCUAAUACUUUGACAUUAGUCGUAAAUACAGCUGGUCGUUUAAUACAAUUUAAUGGUCAAAGAGAUCUAGACAAAUGGGUUGAUUUAAAAACUUCUAGAGCAAACUGUAUUUCAACAAGUGGUUCAUGGGUAACUGUUGGUUGUACCACCGGUGUUUGUCUAUUAUUUGAAGCUGAAAGUUUGCAAUUUAUAGCUAAACUUCCUUUACCUCAUUCGUUGGGUUCCAGUUUACAUCUUUUUCCAGAUGUUAUUUCAAGUGGGCUUAAUGUAAAUGAACCCAUUUACCCUGAUAUUAUUGCAAUUAAAUUGGAUUGCAUACGUAAUCGUAUAAUUUGUUUUUAUAAUGAUCAUAGCAUUCAUGUAUGGGAUAUACAUGACUUAACAACGAUCAAUAAAUGUCGAUCGCAUUAUUACCAUAGUCGAGGUAUUUGGUCAGUGGAUUGUUUACCGGAACAAUGGCGACAGAACAAUAAUAACAUCGAUAACAAUAAUAAUACGAUUCCAUUAAAUCAUUUACAAUCUUGGUGGUCGAAUGAUAUGUUUGUCACAUGUUCUGAUGAUGGAACUGUUCGAUUUUGGAAUCUUCUUGGAAAUUGUCAGUCGACAACAAAUAAUGUUACUGAUAAUGGAAUUAGACUGUCAACAAGUGUUCCAGGCAAUUCAGAAUUUAUAGGAUCUACAACGUUCGAGUGUACAGAACAACUUGCUGGCAUUAUAUACACUGAUCCAAGUCACAAAUAUCUAUGUACUAUUGAUCGUUCUUCAAUUGAAAUUACCUUGUCUAAAUUAGAAGGUGGGAUAGGUCUGUUAGGUGGACCAGGUUUUGUUCCUGGUACAAAUGACCUGGGACAAAUUGAUUCUGCACUUCAAUCACCUGCAUCACCGUCACGUCCAUCAAUCAGUGAACAUUGUCAGUUGAUUUCUAGUUUAACGUCUUCACUUAAUACUGUUGGUGCUAGCAAUAAUACUAAUAGUAGUAACUGUACUACUGCUACUACCAAUAUCGGACCAACUUGUGUUCGUACCAUUUGUAUAAGUCCUGAUGGUCGUCAUCUAGCAGCUGGUGAUCGUGAUGGUAGUCUACGAGUUUACUCUUUGGAGACAUUAAAAUUAUGUUAUCAGAUACCUGCUCAUGACAAUGAAAUUCUAUCGUUGAAUUUCUUUCAAUCAUAUUCAGUUCCUCAACUUUUAUUGUUAUGCUCUGCAUCACGUGAUCGUAUGAUUCAUAUAUUUGAUCCGAAUAAAGAAUAUUCUCGUGUACAAACAAUAUCUGAUCAUUCGGGUGCUAUAUUUUCUGCAAAAAUCAUUGAAACAGAUGAUGGUGAAAUUCGUUUAAUCUCUUGUGGUAUGGAUAAAUCAUUAUUAUUUAGAAUACUUGAACCUGAUGAAUCUGGUCAAACAGCACAUUUCGCACUUGAACACCAUCUAGUUGGACGUCAUUCCCAAUUAGAUGCUGCUAUUACACCAAUGUUACCUAGUUCAAUAGAAAAUCGAAUGAAUUCCACUAAUCGUAAACGUUAUCUAGCUGUUGCAUGUCAAGAUAGAAGGUUACGAAUUUAUAAUGUUGUCACUGCACGUCCUGUACGAUGUUAUCGUGGAAGUUAUACUGAAGAUGGUUUUCUAGUUCGUUGUUCAAUUGACCCAACUGGAUCGCUUAUUGCAACUUCAGGUUCAGAUAAACAGUUGAAUUUAUUUCAUUUACUCACGGGUGAAUCAAUUGCUACAUUAUACGGUCAUUCAGAAUUGUGUUUAGGCUUAAAAUUUCUACCUAAUCUACGUUAUUUAAUAUCGGUUAGCGCUGAUAGUUGUAUAUUUGUUUGGCGUUUAUCAACAAAUUUAGCACAAUAUUUACAUGAACGUAUCACUACAUCAAGUAUGUUGAAAAAUAUAUUAGGCAAUUCGAUUAGUUAUCCUCAAUUAGACGGAAUUCCAUUAGAAAUAACAAAUGCAAGACUAAAAACUGGUAGAGAAGAUAAUAAUGAUUUGUUUAAUAUUAAUCGUUCUGAUUAUUAUCAUAUUCGUAAUGAUGAUAAUGAUAAUAUUGAUGUUGAUACAAAUCGAAAUAUAACAUCUCGAAAAUAUACUAAUAAACACAGCAACAGUAAUAAUAAUAGUGAUGAUGUUCUAAAUGAUUUUAACAGUAUGUUAUACAACAGUGAAAUGAAUGAAUAUGAGAAUGAUGUUGACGAUGAUAAUGAUCUCGAUAACUAUGGUGAUGAUGAUGAUGACGAUGUAACAUCAUUUAGUCAAACAAUGCCUCCAUCUGAAUGGAAUGAAUCACUUGCAGAAUAUGAUAAAAUUGAAAACUUGGAUAAUGAUGAUGAGAAUGCCGAUGAUGAUAUUGGUGGUGGUAAUGCUGACGAUGAUGAUAAUCAUGGUGAAGAUAGUGAAUUUGAUGCGUUUCCUUUAGAUGAUGUAUUAUCAGUUAAUGUUACAAAUCCUAUUACUAUCCAAAUGAAUCAUUUGAUGAAUAAGCAUAUUGUAACGAAACAUAAAUCUAUUGUCGAUGAGAACAAUUCAACUAAUUGGUGUAGCAAUAAUAAUAAAAAUAUUUUGUCUGCCAAUCACUUGAUUAAAUCUCAAGUUUCCGCUGCCAAUGCUAUUAAUUGUAAUAGUAGUAAUAGUAGUACAGCUGCAAAUUCUGUCAAUCAAAAUAAUAAUGGCAGUAAUAGUAGUAAUCGUAGUGGAGGAAAGAAACCGGAAUUCUAUUUUAGUGUCAGCGCACUUCCAGCUUGGGCACGCAGAAAGGUUUUGAAUAGUGAACUUGAUGUGAAUGGAUCGGAUUCAGCUAGUCAAACCUCUGUAGUAAGUGGUCCAAUAUUGCCUGUAUCGACUAGUGGUUCCUGUUCCCAUGAAACAAUACCUAACUAUGUUUAUCCAUUGUCAUCAUCAGUCACAGCAACAAAGAAAAGAUCAAAAUAUACUCGUGUUCGCGGCAAAACAUCAACUGAAGACAUUUGUGAAAAAGAUAUAUUAACACCAGUGUCUAGUACUACCACUACUACUGUUGUAUCAUUAUCUGUUUCCCAAUCGACAAUCUCAACCAAUAACCAUAAUCAUACACUUCAUUCACAAAUGUCUCGAUCAGAAUACAACACUAGAGAAUAUUUUAAUUUUAAUCAGAAUGAUGAAAUCAAUUCUAACGAACAAAUAAUUCAUGAAAGAAAAAACAAUUGGUUUACACGUGCUGUUUCUGCUCCGGAUACACCUCGUUCUUGGAAAAAAGAUGUUUAUAGCGUAGAUAAUAAACGAAAUAUGAUAACAACAACACCAGUGACAUCAGGAACAACGACUACUACAACUAUAAGAACACGGAAGAUGAUUGACAGUUCUGUAAAAAAACUUUAUCCUACUCAAAAGACUGUGGAAACAUCUUUCAUCAGUCGAGUCGCUGCUCAAAACAGACCUAAGGAUUUGGCUUUAGAACAAUUCACACCACCAACACAUACCUAUGAAGUUUGUGCUAGUCGAUUAAUAAUGAAUGAGUCGAUUACUGGUGGAGAUUGUCCGAACGCAUUGCCAUUAUUUAACAGACCUAAAAAUAAAUCAUCUCAACAACGAUCUUAUUCGGCCACGCAACUAAUUCCUUCAAGAAAUAAAGUCAAACUUCAAGAACGACGUCAUGUUCGAUCUCGUGCCAGUUGGUUUCCUGUUAGUUCUCCUAAACAACACAAUCCUCCUCCUUCUACAAUUGUUGAUGAUUCUGUCAAUCUAUAUUCAACAAAUAGUUUACAUCAUUUUCUUGAUGAUACAAAUACAAUUCAUGCUUUGAAUUACAAUUAUGGUGAUCGUUGCCAACAGCGUAAUCAGUCGAAGGAUUUGCGUGCAUCUGUGGAUAUAACUUCAAAGGCUUUAUUGAUGUCAUCAAUAUCAUCAUCAAAUUAUCAUGAUUCAAAGAAUCGUUUGCCUGCUGUCAAAAAAUAUUCUUCACAAUACCUUACCACUAUGCAAGAGACAAACUGUCGAACGAACAGUGAAUCUGUGCCCAAGAGCUCAACACAUACUCCAAACUCAACUUCGUCUCAAUUUCAAUCAGACGAUUUAAAUUCAUGUAGAUCAGCUAUCGAAUCACUUCAUGCUCUUCGUGUAGCCUUAGAUUUGGCUAUUAGUCGAUUAACUAAAUUAUCUUGUUACAAUCAUAAAAGUGAAGAACAUACAAAUCUAUGUCAAAUUGUUACUGAACAACUUGAAUGGAGAUUUUCACGUUUACGUGCUAUGCUUGGUCUAUCACCAGUUUGUGUUGAAGCACCAGUGGCUCGUGUAUUAAUUGCAGAUAUUGUAGAACGCUUGAUUCCAGAGUUAAAGUCAGCUUCUUCAAUGCUAGACAAUACAGAUGCUUUAAACAACAGUACUAACGAUGACAAUGUAGAUAUUGAUAAUCCAGAUAGUCAAGUAAACAGUGAAAAUAAAUCACAAUUCCAAAAAGCAAUGAAUUUGUCUGAUACUUCUGUAUAUAAGAUGACCGAAAUGAAUGACAAUUCAGCUAUCAUCAAUCAUAAAACUGUGAAUAUUGUUAGUCGCGAUGGUUAUAUUGACAAUAAUAAUAAUAAAACAAGGGAUGGGAAAAUGAGAAACGUAACUCAUUAUAAAGAACAUGAUGAUGACAAUGGUGAUAUUCAUGAAACAUUUAUGCAAGAAAAUAAGACUCUCGAAACUAGCUGAAGAAAAGUUACCAUACUUUCGGUCUUUCUAUACUUGUUUUUUCGUUAAUUUUGUAUUUAUUGUUUUUAUUCGAGGUUUUUUUAACGAAAUAUAACAGCUCUAUUUAUGGUAUGUACAUACUACUUAUUUUUCAUUUUAGUAUUGAAUUCAAUAAACUUUUGACCAUUUGAAUUUUUUCUAAUUAUAAAAUAUUGAACAGAUAGAAACAAACACUUUUGGAAAUAUAAUAUAGCGGAUACUACAUAUAUGCAUUUAGCUCCUUUUUUCAAAAUCUUACUCAGCGUAAUUUGUGACGAGUGAACAUAAUCUGUUUUUGGUGUGUAAGUAUAGUCUUACCUAUAAUAUCGCCUUUCACUGGAUAACUGUUGAUUGGUCAUACUAUUAAUAAUAAUAAUAAUAAAGUACACAAUCGUUUUACGUCACUAUAUAUGCGCACAAUGUUACGCUUACUAUAUUCUCAAAU